AAAGAGUGAGAGAAAACAAAGAAGGAGAGAGGGUAGGACCGACAGCAACGAGACACUAUGAGCCCCGCUCUGCUUAUAUGUGCAUCAAUCUCAUGACGCAGUCUCAAAGGACAGUUCACCGCUCUAAGUUGUGUAUUAGCACUGAGUAAGAGCGAGAUAACUCUGAAUUAGGUCGUUGACACCUCUGUGACAGUGGACUUUCUGCACACAGCAGUUGAAGAGCUGACAGCUGUGGAUAUCACAUGUAAAAAGAUUGUCAGCAGUCUCACAGACUCCAGUCAUCACCGCAUUCAGAAAUACUACGGUGCUUUUAUCGAAGACAAACCAAGAUAAGAAGAGGUCUGGGUACGUUGCUUCUCAUUUAUUCAUCUACCAUGGAGUCCCAGUCGUCACCUUUUUAUAGAGGCGAAGAAGGCCAUAUUUUACAAGUGGACGAGGAACUGGUGCGUAGGGGACCCCGUCGCAAAAGGGAGUUUAUACCUGAGGAGAGGAAGGAUGCCCUCUACUGGGAGAAACGUCGUAAGAACAACGAGGCAGCCAAACGCUCACGGGAGAAGAGAAGGAUGAAUGACUAUGUGCUGGAGUCUCAUCUCAUGGCCAUGAAAGAAGAAAAUACCAGGCUCAGUGCUGAAUUAAUGGCCAUCAAGCUGCGCUUUGGCCUGAUCCACCCUGCAGCCUUCACUGCUCACCAGAGUAACCAACUGCAACACCAUGUCCACAGCAGCACCCAACCUAUCACUGCCACUAGCACGCACCACCAGUCCCUGCAGAGGGACUACAACUGGGGUGGCAGAGACUCUUCUGUUAUGCCAAUACACCAACCACCUCACCCUGUCUUCAUCCCUGCAUAUGCCCUCCAUACAAUGAGAGGCUAUUCAUAUUUGAACAUGUCUGCAACUACUGGAUCUGGCCUCCUCACUCCACUUGGCCUUUCUCGAAAUCUCCUGCCCCCCCAUUCGUCCCCUCCUGGAACUCAUCUACUGAAACCCAUUCCUACGAGAGCUGCCUCGGAUGAGGAUGAGGAGCAGCAGGUCCCGGGGGUGUUGUCCCGGUCCUGCCCUGCUCCACCUCGCAAAAUCUCCCCCAGAGUCAGAAACUACUCUCCACCAAGACAAUACAUUUCCGACUGACUGUCCAAUAGAGAAAGGUUUAUGUACCAACUGAAUGACUGAGAAACAAAUUCUUCAUUUCUCUCCACAUACUGCCAAAUAUUUCUGCUGACACUGUAAGAGCUCUAUUUUUGUGAAAUCAUGGUGCAUAUAAAAGGCUCUGACACACCAACCCGAAGGCUGACUGUCGGCAGAAAAGGCAGUCAGACUGAUCAUUCGGCUCCCGUCUCCCCGAGUGGGUCAAAAAAGUGCCUCGGAACACACCGAAGCGAUGGCGACUUGAGCGUACGUUCUGCACAUGCGCGAGUCGUAAUACGUCUCCAUAACAGCAGGCCGC